AUCGUGGCAAAUACUAACUAAAUAAACUCUAUAAAUAGAUAUCAUCUCUUAGUACUACUCUACACCUAAAUCUUUUGGUAUAUAUUCUAAGUUUGUGUGAUCCUUACCACAAACACACACACACACACAUACACAUAUUUGAUCCGUCGUCGACGAGAUGGCUCCACCACCAUCGACGACAGUCUCACCGGCUACAACAUUGAUCGUACGAGUGGUUACUCUUGUUUGCUUGCUCAUAUCUGUUAUCGUUAUUGCCACCAAUAAUCCUGAAGUAGAUGGAGGCAAGAUGAAGUUCAACGAUUUCUACGCUUAUCGCUACAUGUUGGCAACAGGGGUUGUUGGAAUUGCUUAUACAUUCCUUCAAAUUGCAUUCACAAUUUACUUUGUGAGCACUGGAAAUAGGCUAGGUGGCAAUGGUUUGAUGUUCCUUGACUUUUUUGGAGACAAGGCGUUGUCGUACUUGUUGGCCACCGGCGCUGCUGCCGGGUUCGGACUGACGGUGGAUUUGAACCGUAUAGGAUUUGAAUCGGACGUUAAAGAUUUUCUUAAUAAAGCGAAUGCAGCAGCCAGCCUACUCUUUUUUGGCUUCAUAUUCUCAGUGGUCUCAUCUAUAUUUUCUUCCUUCUCUCUUCCAAAGAGUUCAUAGAUUUUAGUAUUUGAUUUUGUUAUUGUUUGUGAAUUUUGAAAAGUGGAGAGUUGGAGUUGGGCCAAGAUCAAUUAUCUCUAAGCUACAAGACUCAUG